AUGGAAGGUUCAGAUGAUGCUUCUGCAACUAUAGAGCCUCCUGAUCCAGAAGUUCUUGAAAUCGAUCCAACUUGUCGAUAUAUUCGGUAUAAAGAAGUGAUAGGAAAAGGCGCAUUCAAGACAGUUUAUAAGGGAUUCGACGAAGUAGAUGGAAUCGAAGUCGCGUGGAAUCAAGUAAGGAUCGAUGAUCUUUUGCAAUCACCAGAUUGUCUAGAGAGGCUAUAUUCAGAAGUGAGGCUUUUGAAAUCGUUGAAGCACAAUAACAUUAUAAGGUUUUAUAAUUCUUGGAUCGAUGACAAGAACAAAACUGUUAACAUAAUUACCGAAUUGUUCACUUCAGGAAGUCUUCGACAGUACCGUAAGAAACAUAGAAAGGUGAAUAUGAAAGCUGUCAAGUGUUGGGCGAGGCAGAUUUUAACGGGAUUGAAGUAUCUUCAUAGUCAAGAACCACCGAUUAUACACCGAGAUAUCAAAUGCGACAACAUUUUUAUCAACGGUAAUCAUGGAGAAGUGAAAAUAGGAGAUCUUGGUUUAGCUACUGUCAUGGAGCAAGCAAAUGCCAAAAGUGUGAUUGGCACUCCCGAGUUUAUGGCGCCUGAGCUUUACGAUGAGAAUUACAACGAGCUAGCUGAUAUAUAUUCGUUCGGAAUGUGUAUGUUGGAAAUGGUUACAUUUGAUUAUCCUUACUGUGAAUGUAGAAACUCUGCUCAGAUCUACAAGAAAGUUUCAUCGGGGAUAAAACCGGCUUCACUCUCUAAGGUUAAAGAUCCGGAAGUAAUGAAAUUUAUCGAGAAAUGUUUAUUGCCGGCUUCUGAAAGGUUAUCAGCAAAGGAGCUUCUAAUGGAUUCUUUUCUCCAAGUGAAUGGUUUAACUAUGAACACCCCAUUACCGCUUCCCGAUAUUGUAAUGCCGAAAGAAGGAGCAUUUGGAGAACGUUGUCUUAUGUCUGAAGGACCACCUAACGCUACGAAUAGACCAGUGUCGAUGGAUCUCAAUGAGGACAAUAAUCUUCCUAUUGUUACUUCAAGCAACAAUUCAGGAUCAAAAUGUAUUGAGGUUAGACGGGCAAGGCGAGGCAACUUCUUUGUCCUUAAAGGUGAAGAUAAUGACGAUAACUCUGUCUCGCUAAUUCUUCGUAUAGUCGACGAAAAUGGACGUGUUAGGAACAUUCAUUUCCUAUUCUUUCAAGAAGGCGACACAGCAUCUAAAGUAUCGAGUGAGAUGGUCGAACAGCUCGAAUUGACGGAUCAAAACGUUACAUUUAUAGCGGAAUUAAUCGACGUAUUACUAGUCAAUUUGAUACCGAAUUGGAAAACUGAUGUCUCGGUUGAUCAUCUUAUUAAUCCGCAAGCUUGUAUAUCCGUGAGUAACUCUUGGUCUUCGGAUUGUGCCCCGCGAUCCGAAGACGAGGGAAACUCGACCAUAACUGCAACAAUAGAAGAUCAAGAAACAGAUAAACAAGGAAGCUUGGAGGAAGUAGAGAAGUUAAGAGAGGAGUUAGAGAAGAUAGAAGAACAGUACAGAGAAGAUAUGAAAGAGAUAACGAGGAAAAGAGAAGAAGCUUUAAUGAAGACGAGAAAGAGAAUUACUUAG